AUGGCAUCAAAGACAUUACUGUUUGACUUACCAAAUGAACUUUUUCUAUGUAUUUUUCAAUAUUUGAGCGCAAUUGAUCUUUUAAAAAUAUUUUCCGAUUUUAAAUCAUAUCGACUUCAAACUCUCAUUCAACCAUUUAUUUCACGAUUAGAUGUUUCUCAAGAAUCUGAUGAAUGGAUUGAAAAUAAUUUAUCAAAUGUGUUGACUAAAUAUAAAAUUAUUGCUCUUCGUCUACAAAUGAAUCAUUUACUCAUGAUACCAGAACAUUUAUUAUCAACUAAUAUUCAAUCUAUGCAAGUAAUUAAUUGGAAUAUUUUUACUGAUUUACCAGAACAAAUCAUUGUUCAUCUUCGUCGAAAUUUAAAAAAGUUGUCAUUUGUACAGCCUAAUGACGAUGAAUCUAGUGAUCUAGCUAGUCUAUUAUUUCGAUCUGAUUCUCAAUUGAAACAUCUUAUCAUAAAAGAUUGUAUUCUAUAUAUUUCUAAUGAUGAUCUUGAAACUUGUACUCGAUUAACACAUCUUUCAAUUGAAUUAGAAGGCAUGAAUCCAUUAUUUAUACUUAUUCAACAUAUACCCAAUCUUCAAGAAUUGAAGGUAAAAAUUCACAGUCAAGAAUGUUUUCGUCAAACAGCACCCAAUACAAAUGGUGUAAAACUAUGCAAUAAACUUCAUUCUGUUACUUUUACAGGUUGGAUCAAAUAUUUUGAACAUAUGGAAAGUUUCUUUGCUACAUUUGGAUCAACAAUUGAAUAUCUUUCAAUGAAUAUUGAUUGUCGAUACUAUUUAUUUGAUGGUAAACGACUUGAACAUGGAUUACUUGAGAAAAUGCCUCGUUUAUCAUCACUUGAUCUAAUUAUUUUUUCACCAUUAGUUGAUAAUGAUCCAAUAGAAAUCGAAACAUUUCAAAGUUUCGCUUGGCAAAAUUUUAAUCCAAUUGUAUAUUGGAAUGAUGUUCGUGCUCAACAAUAUAUGCUUUUUACAUUACCAUAUAAAUCUGAUCACUUUGAUUAUUUUUCAAAUGAUUUCAUUUCAAAUUGUGUAUCAAAUCAAUCAAUUUCAAUAUGUUUUAAACGUGUUCGUACACUCUCACUCAUUGCUACAACACCAUUAAAUCUAGAAACAUUUCUAUUUAUUGAAAAAGUUUUUCCAAAUGUUACAACAAUUGAAUUAACACGUUGGAUUAUUAAUCCUUUAGAUGAAAGUGAAGAAGAUAGAAAUGUUACAAUCAUGAGUGAAGAUCUUCUUUUAGAUAAUAGCUUACAAUUACCAACUGUUACAAAAUUCUGUAUAUCUUUAUGGUCUCCAUUGAAUGAUUAUAAAACUUUUCGUCGUUUUAUUCAAAUAUUUCCAAAUUUAAUUUGUCUCGAACUUGAUACUGAUCAAUCACUUCUGCAUGAUAUUUUGAAACAUGAACAUGAAGAUAAAUUUGUCAAAAUUGUAUUAGCUCGUAUCGAACAAUUAAAUAUUAAUUAUAUGGAUGAAAAAAAUACAUUGACUGAUACGGAAAUUUAUUAUCUCUUUCCGAAUGCCAAGAAUCUUGUCAAAAAAAAUCGUUAUGGUUCAGAUAAAUUUUAUUUGUUAUUCAAUGGAAUACAAAAAUGA